GUCAUGGUUCGACUGGAUGGAACCAUUCACUCAACUUUGUCAUUGGACAGACACAUUCUAUUGCAAGACGAUAAUAUAUCAUAUGUACUGAGUAUCUUCAUUGUUUUACAUGCUGUUUUUUUAACAUUAUCGUUUGAUACGCAGAAGAUUGGAAAAUGCAAUCCGCCAUUAAUGCCAUUUGAAAGCCACAUUUUAAGUAACAUUAGCCUUCUUUGCCGGGUGCAUCACUUCACGUUGCUAGCUACAGUGACCCGAUCGGUUCAGGUAACUCACUUGACAGGAGCAGCAGAAGAGAUGAGUCGCUUCCUAAACGUCCUGCGGAGCUGGCUGGUGAUGGUGUCUGUCAUCGCCAUGGGAAACACUGUGCAGAGCUUCAGAGAUCACAGCUUCCUGUCAGAGAAGCUCUACACUGGCGCGCCCGAAUUUGUCAAUGGUCUUCAGGCCCGGACGUUUGGCAUUUGGACAUUGCUGUCAUCUAUCAUUCGCUGUGCCUGUGCCAUUGAUAUCCAGAACGGAACGCUGUAUCACGUCACCUUGUGGACAUUUGUAUUGGCCUUGGGUCAUUUUCUGUCCGAGACGUUUAUCUACAAAACUGCACCUCUCACUAUCGGGGUUAUGGCACCUCUUAUUGUGGCUAGUUUCUCAGUCAUAGCCAUGCUGAUUGGAUUCCAGUGUUUUUCAGAAAAUCCAGAGGAACUUGUAGCACGACAGAAGAAACGUCCUGAAGAGGUCACUUCUAGAAAAGCAAGGACAAAACUACUACUAAGUGUACACAAGAUGCACAGCAUCAGAUAUUGCAAUCAGUAGAAUUCAGAGGGUCACGAGUGCGCUGGAGCCUAUCCCAGCUGACUUUGGGUGAGAGGCUUGCUACACCCUGAACUGGUUCCCCGUCAAUCACAGAAAACAUAUAGACACCUAUGGACAAUUUAGAGACUUAACCUCACAUGGGAUGUGGGAGGAAACAUUCCAUUGAACCUGCAAACUCCACACAAAGAUGCCCCUCAAUGUCCUGACAGUGCGGCCGAAAUGCUAGCCACUAGUGCAACAUGCAGCAAACGAGUUUGCCUAUUAGGGGGGAACUUUACAAUAUUGCUCAUUAGUAGUGACAUAACACAACAUUUGACACUAAUUCAAAAGGUUUAAAAAAUAAAAAUAAAAAAGGAAUGUGAAGAUAUUUGAGGUUGAAGUGCAUUGUAAGUGUAUGAAAGAGUGUUACGUUCAUGUCCUCAUGGCAUAUGGUGUUGCACAGUACAACAAAUAUCCAACAGGUUUGUCGGUUGGUACAGCGACCAAUCAGCCUCAUCAAGGCAUGGCGACUACUUCUUGUAUUCCCCAUUUAAAGCUUUUCUUAUUUCAAGAUUACAGGGGGAGCGAUGCUUUCAUCUAGAACAGCAGCCAUUUUCUAGAAAGAACAGAAAGGAAUUAGGAUCCGGUUCAUUGUAUUUCAAUGGUGUGAUCUAUGCUAGCGUAACGAUUGUAUGUAAUUACUGUGUAGCUGUUUUAUUUUGAAUGUUGUGUUAUUUCUUGAGUGUAUUCC